AUGUCUGAUCUACAAGAUAUGGAACCAACCAUUAUCAUUAAUGGUAACUUACCUACUCCAGAAGAGGAACAAGAGUUUGAAGAAAGUGUUGUUGAUGAACAAAUCGCUGAAGAGAACCAAGAAGAAGAAGAUAGUAAACUAAAGAAGAAAGUAGCAUUCGCUGGUAUCGAUGAAGAAUCCGAAGAAGAAGCCAGAAAGCGUGAAUUCGAAGAAGGUGGUGGUUUACCAGAACAACCAUUAAACCCAGAUUUUUCUACUUUGAACCCAUUAUCACCAGAAAUUAUCAACAGACAAGCUACAAUCAAUAUUGGUACCAUUGGUCAUGUCGCCCACGGUAAAUCCACUGUUGUUAGAGCUAUCUCUGGUGUUCAAACAGUUCGUUUUAAGGAUGAAUUAGAACGUAACAUUACUAUCAAGCUAGGUUACGCUAAUGCUAAGAUUUACAAGUGUGAAAACCCAGAAUGUCCAGAACCAGAUUGUUAUAGAUCAUUUAAAUCCGACAAAGAAAUAUCUCCAAAAUGUCAAAGACCAGGAUGUGAAGGUCGUUAUAAAUUGGUUCGUCAUGUUUCCUUCGUCGAUUGUCCAGGUCACGAUAUCUUAAUGAGUACUAUGUUGUCCGGUGCAGCUGUUAUGGACGCAGCUUUGCUAUUAAUUGCCGGUAAUGAAUCUUGUCCACAACCUCAAACCUCUGAACAUUUGGCUGCCAUUGAAAUUAUGAAGUUGAAGCAUGUUAUUAUCUUACAAAACAAGGUCGAUUUAAUGCGUGAAAGUAGUGCGUUGGAACAUGAAAAAUCUAUUCUAAAGUUCAUCAGAGGUACCAUUGCAGAUGGUGCCCCAAUUGUCCCAAUCUCUGCUCAAUUGAAAUACAAUAUCGAUGCUGUCAAUGAAUUUAUCGUUAAGACUAUCCCAGUCCCUCCAAGAGACUUUAUGCUUUCUCCACAACUGAUCGUUAUCCGUUCAUUCGAUGUUAACAAGCCGGGUGCUGAAAUUGAUGAUCUAAAGGGUGGUGUUGCUGGUGGUUCUAUUUUAAACGGUGUCUUCAAGUUAGGUGAUGAAAUCGAAAUUAGACCAGGUAUCGUUACUAAAGAUGACAAAGGUAAAAUCCAAUGUAAGCCAAUUUUUUCCAACAUUGUCUCCUUGUUCGCCGAACAAAAUGAUCUAAAAUUUGCCGUUCCAGGUGGUCUUAUUGGUGUUGGUACUAAGGUGGAUCCAACUCUUUGUAGAGCCGAUCGUUUGGUUGGUCAAGUCGUUGGUGCCAAGGGUCAUCUACCAAACAUUUACACAGAUAUCGAAAUCAAUUACUUCUUGUUACGUCGUCUAUUAGGUGUCAAGACCGAUGGUCAAAAACAAGCUAAGGUUAGAAAACUUGAAGUAAACGAAGUUCUGAUGGUUAAUAUCGGUUCUACAGCCACUGGUGCUCGUGUUGUUGCAGUCAAGGCUGAUAUGGCCAGACUACAACUAACUUCGCCUGCUUGUACCGAAGUUAACGAAAAGAUCGCCUUAUCCAGACGUAUCGAAAAGCAUUGGCGUUUAAUUGGUUGGGCAACUAUCAAAAAGGGUACUACUUUAGAACCAAUCGCCUAA